AUGGAUAAGUAUCUUGUUAAAACUCCGAGAAAUAUCUCAAAUGAAAGCGAGACGAGGACAAGUGCAACGCAGGUUAUGUCCGCAUUGUCUGCUACCUCGUCAAAAACAACUGCAAAUGUCAAUGUUGAUAAUAACAUUACAAGAGAAAGUCAACAAUCGGAAAAUGAACAUACCGAAUCAGGAAUGCCUGCCUCUUUCAAACGUUGGAAAAAGACUCAUACAUGGUUAAUGCCUAAAUCCGGCAAAGUAUUUUGUAGUUUCUGCACAGAUGCAAUAACCAACAAAUUUCCGUUAGUCGAAAAUAGAAGUUGUCAAAUUUCGAAAGAAGCUUUUGUUACUGUAGGUUUCAACUGUUGGAAAAACGCUGCACAAACUUUUAAAAGUCACGAAAGCAGUGAAUUGCAUAGUGCUGCUACUGAAUUUGUAUUAAACAAAAACAAGCCGAACAUAGUUGAUAUAAUACAAGAAUCGAAUGAAAAAGAGAAGUUGGAAGCUAGGAUAGUGUUAAGGGCAAUUUUUACGACAGCUAGUUAUCUUGCGAGACAAGGGUUAUCAUUUAGAAGAGAAAACGCUAAAGAAUCGAAUUUUUAUAAAUUAUUAGAAUUAAGAUCACACGAUAUUCCUGAAUUAAAAGCAUGGUUGAAUAGAAAAAAAUAUGAGCAUUCGUGGCUUCACCACACAAUUAUAAACGAAAUACUAAGUAUGAUGGCUGACGAAAUAAAAGAAGAUAUUUUAAAAGAAAUUAAAGAGAAUAAAUAUUUUUCGAUCAUGAUCGAUGAAACGUCGGAUAUAAAACGGCUCGAACAAGUAUCAAUUUGUUUCAGAUCAGUUGCUGAAGAUUUGACUCUAAAUGAAUAUUUUAUAGGAUUCUACGACACAAAAGAUACAAAAGCUGAAACGCUUUUUGAGAUUGUCACUGAUGUAAUCGAAGAAUCUGGAUUAAGUAUCGCAAAUUUACGAGGACAGUGCUACGAUGGUGCUAGUAAUGUGAGUGGUAAGAUUACAGGGCUUCAGACACGAAUACGCGAGGUAGAACCUCGAGCGCUGCAUGUUCACUGCUUAGCACACAGUUUGAAUUUAGUAGUACAAGAUUCAAUGGAAGAUAUAAUUUUGAUAAAAAAUUUCAUCGGGAUUAUUAAAGAUCUACUAAAUUUUAUACGUGAUUCCCCGAAGCGCUUAGGACGAUUUCAUGAUUUGCAGUCUGAGAAAAGCCCCGAUCUGACACCAUUUUGUCCUACCAGGUGGACCAUGAGAAUAAGUUCUCUUAAACGAUUGUACCAUGAUGCUAACUAUCAAAGUGUCAUUGAUUUUAUGCUAUUAACAAGUAAUGCCCGAGACACUGAUGCAAUUACAUCAUCAAAAGCAAAGGGAUUCUCAAAACAUUUACAAACCUUCGAAACAUAUUUUUUGCUUACAACUAUGAUUAAUAUUUUUGAGGCAAUUGAACUACUGAAUACACAGUUACAAAAGUCACAACUAUGUCUAAAUGAAUCAAAUAAGCUUGUCGAGAUUAGCACGAAAAAUCUUGAAACGCAACGAGAUCAGAAGUUUGAAGUUAUUUGGAAGGAAGCAAACAAAGGUAUUGCAAAAUUUAAUGUAGAAGAGCCUUCUGUACGCCGCGAAAGAAAAACUCCACGCCGUUUUGAUUCAUCAAGCGAAGCUCAUAUUUUUGAUACGCCGGAAGAUAACUACAGAAAAAUUUAUUUUGAAGUUUAUGACAAGGUUCUAAUGUCUUUAAACACACGAUUUGAGACAGAAACUAUAAAUUUAUUAAGUAAAUUUGAGAACUUUCUUAUUGGAAAAAAUAAUAUAAAUGUUUUAGAUAUUACUAAUUUUUACAAUACUCAGAAAAAGAAUGAAUCGAAAGAAGACAAUUUUGACGCACAGUUGUUAACUAAUCAGAGAGAUUUGUUUUUAAAUUACGCGAAGAAUAAUAAUGUUCAGCUUGAAAGUGUGAAAGACGUCGUUGCUUUUUUAAAAUCAGAAAAGUCUUAUCGGUUAAUUUUUAAUGAAUAUACAAAGUUGGUUAGACUUUUAUUGACAAUUCCAGGAUCCACGUGCACUAAUGAACGCUCGUUUUCGACGCUCCGUUUUCUUAAAACUUACACGAGAGCAACUAUGGGUCAAGAUAGGUUAAAUCACUAUGCUAUUUUAUAUGUUUAUCGCGACCGAGUUGAAGCUUUGAAUAUAGGUGAUUUAAUGAACAAAUUCAUACUUAAAAAUCAGCAUAGAAAAAAUACAUUUGCUAUUAUUAAACAAUAG